CUCUGAAAGGUUUUUAAUUAGUGGAAGAUGGUCAAAGAUGGUGGCACGACAAAAAGUGAAUCAAAGUUUGCCAAGAAGUACCACGCUUUAUGCUGAAGUAGUUCAACAAAUUUCUGGGGGAUCAAACAACACUAGCAACAACUUUUGACCUAUAGCACGCCAACUAUUCAUGCGUACUAUACAAUGUUGUGAAGAAAUUUUUAAUACGUUGUAAUACGUGACAUAAAUUAUUCAAAUUAUUACAAGGAAAGUGAAGAUUGUGUGCAUUAUUAGCACCGCAUAUUUGUUACUUGCCUUAUUAUUUUAUUUCCUUUUGAAGCCAUGUCCGUAUGUAAUAUAUAUGGCGUUUGAUCGCCUCCAGUAUGCAUCAAUAUACACGAAGCUUUUCUCUCUUUAUUUCACAACUAUUAUAAUUUCAAAUAUACUAUUUUAUUAUGGUAUCAAGAGCCGAAGUCCUGGCGUUUUUGUUCAACUUAACAUAGUUCUUCUGCCAUACUCGAGCAUCAUCACGAGAUGGCUGUCCGUGAUGAGGGCAGGAGCAAUGGGGACACAAUAACCAUUGACUCCAUGUCCCCCUAUUUUAUUCAAUCUGGUGAUAAACCCAGCGAUAUUUUUGUUACUUCUCUUUUGCGUGAUGGCAAUUAUGGAGACUAGCUUGAUGAAAUGAGCAACGCUCUAUAUGCCAAAAAUAAAUUUGGAUUCAUUAAUGGAGAUAUUCCCAUGCCGGAAAAGGACUCUCCUUAUUUGUCGUACUGGCAGCGAGCCAAUGCCAUGGUGAAGGCAUGGCUAAAUAGUAGCAUGGAACUUGAAUUACGGCAAAGUGUAAAGUUCAAGACGGCUCGAGAGAUAUGGGUUGAUCAAGAAGAACGAUUUGGCAAGGAAAGUGCCCCCGGGCAUAUGAGUUACGGUGUUCGCUUGGGGCUGUUCGGCAAGAUGGAGAAACCACCAGGAGGACAGGUGGAGAAAACAUGGCUUAUCAAGCCCAUGUUAAGCCUAACCCGGAAAAGGGGUCUGGCGGAAAAUUGUAUACCCACUGCGGUAGGACCAAUCACAACAAUGAUACAUGCUUUGAAUUAAUAGGUUAUCCAGCUAACUGGAAUGUUCGUCCAAAAGAAAAACAAUCUGGAGGGAGACCUAUUAACAGAUCUAUGAGAAGCAAUGACCGUAGCAGGAGAAGUGGGCCACCUAAGGUGGCACAUGUUGACACCCAUGCAGAUGUCGUAUCCCUCUUAUCCCACGAGCAACUGCAACGCCUGGCAGAGUUUAUGCGGACCGAGUUCAACAUGCAAAGGCUGGCUGGAAUCAAUUCUUCUAAUAUGUAGGUUAAUAUGGCAGGUAAAAUGCAGUGGAUAAUUGAUUCGGGAGCAUCGGAGCAUAUUACUUGCAACCAGAACUUAUUGACCGACAUCAUGGACAACCCGUCUGAAUCUCCUGUUCGGAUACCAAAUGGACUUACUCUUGAGGAAGCUGAUUGGAGUGGGUAGGUGUCGAGGUGGUUUGUAUUAUUUGGAGGACCUCAACAGCGAGCGGGUGGCAAUGGCGGUUUCUUCACAGCUUGACAUUUGGCAUCGACGUUUGGGGCACGCUUCAAAUGAUAAACUCCGCCAUAUUAAUUUUUAAAGGAUAUUAAGAAAGAUGUUUCCUUUUGCGAUUCUUGUGUACGAGCUAAGCAGACUCGACUCCCUUUUCCUAACAGCUUUAUUAAGACACAACAAAGUUUUGAUUUGAUCCAUUGUGAUAUUUGGGGGGUAUAAAUGUACCUCUCUUACAUGUGCACAUUAUUUUCUCACCAUUGUUGAUGAUUUUACACGCAACGUUUGGGUAUACCUUAUGAAUGCUAA